CCUGCGAAUGUGAAACUAAAAGGAAGCACGGAGCUCCGGCGCUGCUACAGUUCAGGCCUUUUGUUUUUGGAAAAUCACUGACAAGGGGGGAACGAUUUGAUUUUGUGCUGAAGAUUUAUCGUUAUAUGCAGAGCAUGCUGUCCUGGCGGAAUUGGUACAGUUCCCAGUACCUGGGGGGGCAAGCUGCCUCUCGCUUCACCGAUGGAAGUUAUAUCUUUGCUGUGGAUCCAGAGGAGACGUUGUCCCAGAUGAUAAACCGCACACUUGCAGAUGACACAGCGGCAGCAGUAGAUGAGGAUCUGGACACCGCCGUCUUAUUUGGAAACCUCCGAGGAAAUAUAGUUGGAUUGCGUUAUUAUACUGGUGUGGUGAGCAAUAAUGAAAUGGUUGCACUUCAGCGGGAUCCGAACAAUCAAUAUGACAACAAUGCGGUCCAAGUGAAUAAUGUGAACGGCAUACAGGUGGGACACAUCAAACGUGAGCUGGCAGCUCCACUGGCCUUCUUCCUGGAUAACAAGCUGGCGAGGAUCGAGGGGGUUGUCCCGUACGGUGCUAACAAUGUGUUCACCAUGCCCGUGCAGCUUUCCUUCUGGGGCAAAGAGGAAAACCGCGCCGCUGUUCUGGAGAAACUGAAGAUUCACGGCUUCAAACUGGCACCGCACAACAAAGGCAGUGGGAUUGCUGAAGCGUGGUCUGGAAUGGGUUCUGCAAGAGCUGGACCAAGCUACAAAGCUCCUGUGCACACAGCAGUGCAGAUGACAGCAGAACAGCUAAAGAAUGAAUUUGACAAGAUAUUUGAAGAUCUGAAGGAGCAUGAUAAGACUCAGGAAAUUGAACCGGCUAAGGCAGUCCUCACACCGUUGCUGCCUCACCAGAAGCAGGCGUUGGCCUGGAUGAUACUGAGGGAGAACAAUACUGACCUCCCCCCGUUCUGGGAGCAGAGGAGUAACAUGUACUACAACCUGCUGACAAACUUUGCCGAGCGCGAGAGACCCGAAAGUGUUCGCGGGGGCAUCCUGGCCGAUGACAUGGGCCUGGGAAAAACACUGUCGACCAUUGCGGUAAUCCUCAGCAACCAUCACCGUGGAAAGCCGCUUCCUAUUGAAAAAUAUACAACGGAGGAAUUAUCUGGCUACAUGGAAAUGACGGGAAAGACUUGCACAGAAAGGUCCAACAAGGCACCAUCCAGUACUUCUGAAGUACAAUCUGAUGCUGACAACAGAGAAAAGGUCUCUACGAUCGAUACCACAGGAAACGUUGGUUCCUCAGGAUUUGAUAUAUUCACUUCAUCACAUCCUAAAAGGAAGAAAGCGGAGAACGUUAAGUACACUUACAGCAGCGACUCUGAGAAGGAUGAAGAAUCUCCCCCUACACCGAAAAAAGGCAAGUUGAAAGCGCGAGCAAGAGGUACGACGGUUAAGGAAACGGAAUGGAAGCCGCCAAACACUGGGAAAAAGGCUGUUACCGAAGGUGAAUCGCGCUUCAGGUGUGGCAUCGUGGAGGAUGUUGAAUCUACCACCGCACUUGGUGGCAAAGUUUCCACCUCAAAAAAGAUGAAGAAAGGUUGUACCAGUAUACAGACCAGCAUGAAGUCAGCAUUCAGCACAAAGGCAAAGUCAACCCUGGUUAUUUGUCCACUCUCAGUGCUCAGUAACUGGAUUGAUCAGUUUGGCCAACACCUGUGUCCUGAUGUGAAGCUGAAGAUGUACCUUUAUUACGGCUCUGAGCGAAAUAAGGACACAACGUUCCUUGCCGAGCAAGAUGUGGUACUGACGACCUAUAACACAUUAACGGUGGAUUACGGGAGUGGAAGCGCCAGCCCCUUGCAUAAGGUGAAGUGGCUCCGUGUGGUACUGGAUGAGGGGCAUACUAUCCGAAACCCCAAUGCCCAGCAGACCAAAGCAGCCCUGACUCUAACUGCUGAGAGACGAUGGGUGUUAACAGGCACACCAAUUCAAAACUCCUUGAAGGAUCUCUGGUCCAUUCUUUCAUUCCUGAAGUUGAAACCAUUUACAGACAGACAGUGGUGGCACAGAACGAUCCAACGCCCUGUGACCAUGGGUGAUCAACACGGCCUCAAACGGCUUCAAGCAUUGAUAAACAACAUCACCUUACGAAGGACCAAAACCAGCAAAGUCAAUGGCAGGCCUGUAAUUGAGUUGCCGACACGUACCGUUUUUAUUCAACACAUCACAUUAUCCGACGAAGAGAAGCAAAUAUAUGAAUCUGUAAAGAAUGAAGGUCGGGCAAUUAUUGGCAGAUAUUUCAGCGAAGGAUCCGUUUUCACACAUUAUGCCGAUGUCCUUGCGAUCCUGGUCUGGUUGAGGCAGCUGUGUUGCCAUCCGCGUCUGUUUGCAAACUCUUCAGCUGUCAUGUCCUCCACAGAUAGUGCCACUCCUGAUGAACUGAGGGAGAAGUUGGUGAAGAAGAUCAAACUGGUUUUGAAUUGUGGCUCGGACGAGGAGUGUGCCAUCUGCCUGGAAUCACUGACGUUGCCAGUAAUCACACACUGUGCCCAUGUUUACUGCAAGCCCUGCAUCUGCCACGUCAUUCGCAACGAACAGCCCACAGCCAGGUGCCCCCUGUGUCGGGCGGAGAUUCGCGUGGAACAGCUGGUGGAAUGUCCUCCUGAGGAGAUGGACUCGGCACCGUUUGACAAGACCCAGCAGGCCUGGGUCUCCAGUUCAAAGGUGGAUGCCCUGAUGCAUUCCUUGAUUGAACUUCGAAAGCAGGACCCCACCAUUAAGAGUUUGGUUGUGUCACAGUUCACAGCCUUUCUUACUCUUAUAGAAACUCCUCUGAGACAAGAAGGCUUCAGCUUCUCCCGCUUGGACGGCUCGAUGCCUCAGAAGCGACGGAUAGUCGCCAUCGACUCCUUCCAGAGCAGCAGCCCGGGCUCACCAACCAUCAUGCUCCUGUCGCUAAAGGCUGGCGGCGUUGGGCUGAAUCUCACGGCAGCUUCCCGCGUGUUCCUCAUGGAUCCUGCUUGGAAUCCCGCUGCAGAGGACCAGUGCUUCGAUAGAUGCCACCGGCUGGGUCAGACGCGAGAUGUAGUCAUCACCAAGUUCAUCGUGAAGGACUCUGUGGAGGAAAAUAUGAUGAAAAUUCAGAGCAAGAAGCAAGAACUUGUUGUGGGAGCUUUUGGAUCCAAACAACAGCAGCAGAUAAAGCAGAGUCGCAUUGAGGAGAUCAAGAUCUUGAUCAACAUGUAAUGCCAGUGUCUGCUGGCUAAAAUGUUUUAUUUUAUUUCCUUCCGUCAAAGAAAACGCAAUAAUUGAAAUUUUAAGAUUUUGGCAGUUUUGCAGCCUGAACAAAUUUGAAUGAGAAGGCAACUUUAAUACAAAAUGUAUAACGAGUUCUGUAAGUUUAGAGUCUAUAAAACAAAUCCAGUUUAAUAUAUGUGCCAGUUUCUUCUUCAGAUGGAUGAAAUGCUGCAGUCAGAAGUGCCAAGCCUUGGAUGUGACAUUAAAAACAUAGAGAUUAAAGUAAUUUUUGUCAAGGGAAAUCUAACAUA